AAGUUUCGGAGGCGCGACCGUGACGUAGAAGGCGGAGACCGCUUGACCCUGACCAGGGAGUAUCGGCUGCAGGGGCGCCAGGCGUCCAGGAGUGACCUGGGGCUGUGGAGAGCGACCCGUGGCCUUGUGUUUCAGGUACGGAGGUUCCGGACUGGACGGGCGUCGCCCUGAGGUCAGGAAGUCACAGACUUGUCCUCUGAUGUGGCCCCGCCCGCCGCCGCACUAAUCUCUUUGGCGUCGUACCCCUCGGCCCAGCUCGACCCGCCGCAGCCCCGGCCCCGACCGUGUUCACUGGGGGGCCCCGGGGGCGCUGCGACCUCCUCCCGGGUGAAAUGAAACCCGAGGGCAGUACCCCAUUAGAGACGUAUCUGUCGAGCCAGGGGUCUAGGCUCCAGAAACAGGGGUGAGGACUACUGGGCAGAGGGCUGGGGUGACAGGCCUGGGUUCGAAUUGCCCCUGUGCCCCCAGGCUGGCUGUGUCACAAGCUUGGGCCAGGCUUUUUGGCCCUCUGAACCUCAGUUCCCCUGUCUGCAGAGUGGAGUUAAUGGUGCUUACGGAAUUGUGGAAAGGUUUAAGUGGAAUAACGAUGCAACUAAAGCGCUUACAUAGCACAGGUCCUAGCAUAGAAUAAGCGUUUAACGGUUGACAGUUGUUGCUUUUCUAAGCCUGGAUCUGUGUGGUACAGUCGUUAUUAUCCAAGCCUGGAUCUGUGUGAUACGGUCAUAAGGACCGUGGGGGAUUCAGAUCCUUGACCGACUCCUCCUUGUUAUCUUUUCCUUUUUGUCCCUCUGCAUAUAUUCAUAUCUUUUUACUUAGCACCCCCCACAGACAGAUUUCUGCUGGGAGGGAGGGGACAAUGAAGAGAUGCCUAGGUGACAUCCCUGCCUUCCAGUCAGUUGUUCAUGACAGGCACUAGGAAUACAAAUACAGCCUGGCUGGGGAGACAGACAUCUAAACAGAUUUUAUAGCCAAUGCUACAAAGGUCAAGGAGCAUAGCCACCAACUCUGCCAAAGAUAAGUGAUGUGAAAGCUUCAUAUUUGAGCCAGGUUGGGAAGGAUGAAUAAGUUUAACAUGCAGAAGGACAGAUAUGUGCAAAGAUUCAGAAGUAGUACAGGGAAUAGGACUGGGAGGAGAGAGCAGGAAUGGGUAAAUUGGGACUAGUUUACCUAAGGUGUUGAGUACACUUUGGAAAAGUCCCGGCAACUGUCUGAAGAAUAGACUGGGCCGGGCGCGGUGGCUCAGGCCUGUAAUCCCAGCACUUUGGGAGGCCGAGGCCGGGCGGAUCACCUGAGGUCAAGAGUUUGAGACCAGCCUGGCCAAUAUAGGGAAACCCCAUAGCUACUAAAAAUACAAAAAUUAGCCGGGUGUGGUGGCAGGCACCUGUAAUCCCAGCUACUCAGGAAGCUGAAGCAGGAGAAUCGCUUGAACCUGGGAGGUGGAAGUUGCAGUGAGCCGAGACUACGCCACUGCACUCCAGCCUGGGCGACAGAGUGAGAUUCUACCUCAAAAAAAAAAAAAAAAAAAACAAAAAGAAUAGACUGGAGAGGGGCCAUUGGAGGUAGAAAAACUAGUGGAGAGACUAUUAGAUAGUGGGAGGGACCAGAAAUUAUGAGACCUGAACUAAACUAGUAACAGUGAGGCUGGGCAUGGUGGCUCACGCCUGUAAUCCCAGGACUUUGGGAGGCCUAGGCGGGUGGAUCACUUGAGGCCAGGAGUUUGAGACAAGCCUGGCCAACACGGGGAAACCCCAUCUCUACUAAAAAUGCAAAAAUUAGCCAGGCAUGGUGGUGCACACCUGUAAUCCCAGCUACUCAGGAGGCUGAGGCAGGAGAAUCACCUGAACUGGGGAGGAGGAGGUUGCAGUGAGCCAAGAUUGCGCCACUGCACUCCAGCCUGGGCAACAGAGCAAGACCCUGUCUCAAAAUAAUAAAUAAACUAGUAACAGUGAGAAUGGAGAAAAGAUUUAGAGACUGUUUAUAGAACAGUUAGGAUUUUGGAUCCGGAGAACUGAGAAGAAGAAGUAAUGGAUGAUGUGGUUUUUCUAGUUUGGAAGACCAGGUAGACCAUAAUGUCAUCAAUGGAAUUAGGGACUAGUUAAACACAAAGUAACUGGGAAGUAAGGUAGGGUAUGUGUUCAGGGAGACUUGAAUAUUUCUAGCAAUAAAGUGUAUAGAAAUUCAGAAGAGGAGGUGAUGGCCCCUGCUGAUAUUCUCUGUCAGGGAAGUGGAUAAGGGUAGCUCGGAGAGGCUGGAAAGCACAUGGCCUAUUCUGGGGCAGUAAAGCCCCACUGAGACUGCAGCUGAAAUGUGAAGAACAGAUCACUUCAUUUUCCUAUUUUCAGAGUUUACCACCUAGGAUGACUUCAGUGACUAGAUCAGAGAUCAUAGAUGAAAAAGGACCAGUGAUGUCUAAGACUCAUGAUCAUCGAUUGGAAUCAAGUCUCAGUCCUGUGGAAGUGUUUACUAAAACAUCUGCCUCCCUGGAGAUGAAUCAAGGCGUUUCAGAGGAAAGAAUUCACCUUGGCUGUAGCCCUAAAAAAGGGGGAAAUUGUGAUCUCAGCCACCAGGAAAGACUUCAGUCGAAGUCCCUUCAUUUGUCCCCUCAAGAACAAUCUGCCAGUUAUCAAGACAGGAGGCAAUCCUGGCGGCGAGCAAGUAUGAAAGAAACGAACCGGCGGAAGUCGCUGCAUCCGAUUCACCAGGGCAUCACAGAGCUCAGCCGGUCUAUCAGUGUCGAUUUAGCAGAAAGCAAACGGCUUGGCUGUCUCCUGCUUUCCAGUUUCCAGUUCUCUAUUCAGAAACUUGAACCUUUCCUAAGGGACACUAAGGGCUUCAGUCUUGAAAGUUUUAGAGCCAAAGCCUCUUCUCUUUCUGAAGAAUUGAAACAUUUUGCAGACGGACUGGAAACUGAUGGAACUCUACAAAAAUGUUUUGAAGAUUCAAAUGGAAAAGCAUCAGAUUUUUCUCUGGAAGCAUCUGUGGCUGAGAUGAAGGAAUACAUAACAAAGUUUUCUUUAGAACGUCAGACUUGGGAUCAGCUCUUGCUUCACUACCAGCAGGAGGCUGAAGAGAUAUUGUCCAGAGGAUCAACUGAGGCCAAAACUACUGAGGUCAAAGUGGAACCUGUGACAUAUCUUAGGUCUUCUCAGAAUGAAGUUCUUAAUACAAAACCUGACUACCAGAAAAUAUUACAGAACCAGAGCAAGGUCUUUGAUUGUAUGGAGUUGGUGAUGGAUGAGCUGAAAGGAUCAGUGAAACAGCUGCAGGCCUUUAUGGAUGAAAGUACCCAGUGCUUCCAGAAGGUGUCAGUACAGCUUGGGAAGAGAAGCAUGCAACAAUUAGAUCCCUCACCAGCUCGAAAACUGUUGAAGCUUCACCUACAGAACCCACCUGCCACACAUGGAUCUGGAUCUGGAUCUUGUCAGUGACCUUAUGAGAGUUUCUGCCACAAGGUGCCCAAGAGGAGAGGAAUGGGAAGAGUGCCCCAGCACAUGGUGACUGCAUGAUUUCUGCUCGUUGCCUUUGAAGAUAACUGGCAGGACUGACUGUAGAGCACUUUGACUUUUUUCAAAAUGUGAUGGAAUUUGUACAUCCAAAUGAAUAUUGUAUAGACAUUUUUCCCAGGAAUGUGCAAAAUGCUUGAAAGUUCAAACUUCUUUUUUGAAAUGAUCUUCAGAUCUAGUGGCCCAUUCUUUUAUCUUUAUCCUGUGAAGGUGUUUUUCAGGUUUUGAAACAAUCCAAAAAUCAUUUAGGACCAAGUCUAAGGAAACAUUUUAGUGGCCAAGUUGGAUUCUGGUUGUAAAGGAAUGAUACUAAUUUUCUAGCAUGGCUCUGAAGGUGAUUUUAGGUAGAAGAGUUUUGAGGCUGGGCACAAUGGCUCAUGCCUGUAAUCCUAGCACUUUGGGAGACUGAGGCGGGUGGAUUGCUUGAGCCCAGAAGUUGAAGACCAGCCUGAGAAAUAAGGUGAAACCCUGUCUACAAAAAAUACAAAAAGUUAGCUGGGUGUGGUGGCGUGCGCCUGUAGUGCUAGCUACUCAGAAGGCUGAGGUGGGAGGAUUGUUUGAGCCCAGGAGGUUGAGGCUGCAGUGAGUUCUAAUUGCGCCACUGCACUCUAGCCUGAGUGACAGUGAGACACUGUCUUAAAAAAAAUUAAAAAUUCUAAAAAAAUGAAAAAAAAGUUUUAAGCAUUGUUUGCAUCAUUGGGAUACAUGUGUCACUUCACAAGAUGUUCAAUUUGAAGGAAAUACCACUCAUUCUCUAUGUCCUGUUGUCUGUAGUGUGCUUCAGUUUUUAAUAUUGAGUUGACCUCCUAAAUCCUGGAUUCAUGACAAGAAAGGAGUAAGUACUACUAUUCAUUGUUCUAUUUGUUUAUAAUCUGUAUUGUAAAAUUGCACAUAAUUAAAAGCUUUCCCUUGUC